GGGUUAAUCCGUCCGAAAGAGGAGCCGAAAACAGACGGCUGGAGGAGUUUCAGGCCACUCCGGGUACGGACCAGACAGGGCUGGACGGUGAACAGCGAUGGACGUGACACUGAAGUGCUCCUUGGUCUGCAUUCUGAUGGCGGUGGCCGUCUGGCCGGCAGCUUCCCCAUCGACACCGCCGGCCGCGACGCGGUUCGCCAACGGCUCCCACCUGUACGACUAUCUGUACGGCGGCGGUACGGCGGACGAAAGGCACGGCGGUACGGCGGGAGGCGAGGACCCGUGGCAGCAGCUCGUGGAGCUGUUCUCCGCCGUGGCGUUCAACGGGGGACCCGGAGGUCGGACACAGCCCAGAGGUCACCGCAGCCGGCGACAAGCCUCUUCGUUCGAGAGCGAGACAGGAUUCUACAGUCACCCCGGACACCAAACAAAAGACGGCUUCUUCCAGUAUCAGGCCCUCGGAGAAGAAGCGGGGGAAGAAACGACAGAGGAAGAAAGCGAGAGUCUGCCCUUUUUCGGUGAAGUGGCAUUCGCGUUCCCUUUGGUGUUGCUUGAUAUUCCCUACUCGGGUAUUAAAAUCCCCAUGUUUGAUUAUGACUCACGGAAUUAUUAUGAUUGACAGCCUGACUACAAAGUGUGUUAUAGCCAUCGUGGAAAUAUCAUUCGAAUGCUAAUUACCCGUAGGGGCGUGUCAAAUUUUUAACAAAAGCGCCAAGCAGAUGGUAAGAGCUAAAAUGUACUUGGAAUGGAGAUAACUUGUCCUUGACCGUCUUUGAAGCUGAACAAACGAGCACAAAUGCUCUUAAUUGUCACAUUUGUGCGUCCGUUCUCGCUGUACUGAGUUGUCCUACGUAAUAAACGUUUAUGCUGUGCAA